AACUCUUUAAAGAGUUUAAGAAAAAAUAUUCCUUUCCUGAGGAAGAUGAGUCGAUUGUUCGUAAUAUUUGGGAAGAUAAGGCUAGGAUAGCUUUGAAUCAACAAUUGACCCGAGCUCGCAAGAAAGCCAUGUCAAAAGAAAACACUACAAAUAUUAUAGAUUGUCUUGAUAAAGGUCCUGCCUGGAUAAACAAUGAUGACUGGAAUCAAAUGAUCAAAGAUGUUUGGUCCACCCCUGAAUUUCAAAGGAGAUCUGAAUCUGCUAGGAGGAAUCGAUUAACCAAAACAGAUGGCAAAAUAAGCACUCAUUCUGGAGGAACAGUGUCAUUUGCAUCAUAUCGAGCUAACAUGCAAGAGGAAGCUGGUGGAAAAGAACCUCCAUGGGAUGAUGUCUUUACAGCUUUGCAUCAAAGUACUAAGCAAUCUGGUAGCUUUAUCGACAACAAGUCUAAAAAAGUGGUUGAAAAUUAUAAAAUGGAGAUGAUUUCAAAGUAUGGAACUGAUCGGGAAAAUCAUCCUUCAUUUGAUGGAGCAGCUUGGUGUGUGGCUUCAGGAGGAGUUACAAAGGGUAGGGUAUAUGGUGCACCUCAUAUGCCAAAAUCAAAAGUUAGUACAAGCUCUUCAUCACAUUCCUACUCGGUGGAGUCAUCAUAUCCCAGUUCAUCGUAUCGAGCAUUGCAAAAGGAGAUAAAGGAUAAAGAAGAGGAGAUAAAGAAAAAAGAUGAUUUUAUUCUUGAAAUGAAACGGCAAAUGGAUUCCAUGAAAGAAUAUCUUGUGAACAAUCUUGGAUACCAUGGUGGGACAUCAAAUAUUGAUCAAGGUAUGCCACCACCUUUGACUCCAUCAAUACCGCCACCUAUGGCUCCUCAGAUAAUGACACCUAUGGGUCCUGCAUUUCAACCAAUUUUUAGACCUACACCUCGACCUUUAUAUCCUGCUCAAUCUUCUGUUGAUCCACAAUAUCAUGGUUCGUCUUCGCAACCAGCACCAUGAUUGUAUUUUUUGUUGUUUUUUUUUAUUGUAUUUGAACUUAAUUGUAUUAAUGCAAGUUUAACUAAAUUUUUAUAAUAUGAAUAUUAUUUU